GCCACGUUGAUGGACAGCAGUGGGGACGUGGAAUUGUGUCCAUCUGCAGCCGGGCAAAUCUCAUACAUUACGCACAUACUCACGGAGAUCAUAAAGUUAAAUUGUUAAUUCACUUUAACGCGCGUGUUUGUGCGUGGAUGAAUCUGUGUAUGACUGCUGGAAACACAAUAAGACAAGGAUGAAGCUAAAAGAAAUUAACCGAACUGCUAUCCAGGCCUGGAGUCCAGCUCAGCAGCACCCCAUCUAUCUGGCAGCAGGUACCUCGGCCCAGCAGCUCGAUGCCACCUUCAGCACUAAUGCAUCACUGGAGAUCUUUGAAUUGGAUCUGACGGAUCCUGCUUUAGCCAUGAAGUCAUGUGGAUCUUUCUCUUCUCCACACAGAUACCACAAGCUAGUCUGGGGUCCGCAUGGCAUUGAAAACCAGGGCUUGCCAUCUGGUGUUCUCAUUGCUGGAGGGGAGAAUGGCAAUAUUAUCCUCUAUGACGCCUCCAAAAUCAUUGCUGGAGAUAGUGAAGUGAUCAUUUCACAGAGUGAAAAACAUACGGGAGCAGUAAGAGCUCUUGACGUCAACUCAUUUCAGUCAAACCUUGUGGCGUCUGGUGGAAAUGAGUCCGAAAUCUACAUUUGGGAUUUGAACAACUUCAGCUCGCCAAUGACACCAGGACCGAAAACACAGCCUCAAGAGGAUAUCAGCUGUGUUGCGUGGAACAAACAGGUGCAGCACAUCCUGGCCUCAGCCAGUCCCAGCGGAAAGGCUUCAGUCUGGGAUCUGAGAAAGAACGAUUUAAUCAUUAAAGUCAGCGAUCACAGCAACAGGAUGCACUGCUCUGGUCUGGCCUGGAAUCCAGAGGUGGCCACUCAGCUGGUUUUGGCUUCUGAAGAUGACCGAAUGCCAGUGAUUCAAAUGUGGGAUCUGCGCUUCGCCACGUCCCCUCUCAAAGUGCUGGAGAACCACACAAGAGGUAUCUUGGCCAUAGCGUGGAGUGUAGCAGAUCCAGAACUUCUUCUGAGCUGUGGGAAAGACAACCGGAUCCUCUGCUGGAACCCAAACACGGCUGAAGUCCUGUAUGAGCUGCCCACCAGUACUCAGUGGUGUUUCGACAUUCAGUGGUGCCCGAGAAACCCAGCUGUUCUGUCUGCUGCUGCUUUUGAUGGCCACAUCAGCAUUUACUCCAUUAUGGGAGGAAGCAAUGACAACGCCAUUAAUUUGCAGGCUGAUCAGUUAAGUAGCUCGUUUGGAAGUAUGGAUCCAUUUGGUACGGGGAAGACAUUGCCACCGUUACAACUGCCCCAGCAAACGUCCCCCCAGAGCACCAUCACACCUCUGAAGAAACCUCCAAAAUGGAUCCGUAGACCAGUUGGAGCAUCUUUUGCUUUUGGUGGGAAACUUGUUACUUUGGACAACAUUAAGCCAACUGCUCAACAGCCCCAGCAGACUGCUGCUCAUGUUGUUCACAUAAGUCAAGUUGUGACCGAAACAGAUUUUAUUCAUCGAUCAAACCAACUCCAGACGACUCUCACUGCAGGAAAUUUUCUUGAGUACUGCCAAAACAAGAUUGAAACUGCUCAGAAUGAAUUUGAGAAGACGGUUUGGUCAUUUCUGAAGGUAAACUUUGAAGAAGACGCACGACUGAAAUAUUUGGAACUUCUGGGAUAUGAGAAGGAAGAACUCGCCCUAAAGAUUGCAUCAGCGUUAGAAGGAAACUGCAAACCUAAAGAGGCCGAUGUGCUUUCCAUCAUCCCUGCCACCAUUCCUCUUCAUCAUACCACUCCUGCUCCUGACCCGCUGUCAGACCCUUUGCCUGACAUUAAUGAUAACACUGAACCAGUCCUUGAAACUCAGUCAGAGCCUGAUCCUGUUACUUUGCUGGUUCAGCCUCAGAUUGAGCCUAAAUAUGCAAGUCCUCCAAACCUUGAGCUACACCUUCACUCUGCAAAAGACCCUUUAGUUGAGUCCACAACCGUCCCCAGUGCCAAUACCUUACAACCUCACUCCCAACCCUUAGUGGACUUCACCCCACCAGUAGAUCUCACCACCCUCUUUGACCUGACGCCUCCAGUUGAUCUCACCCACUCCUUUGACCAGACACCCCCAGUGGGCAUUGCUGCUCCUGUUGACAUUGUAACACAGGUUGGUCCUUCUGGGCAAGUUACUUCACCCCAAGAACAGUUGGAUUCUGUGCCUCUCCUUACACCUUCGACUUGUCCUCAAGAGUCCAAUCAUGGUCUGGAGUCUACUGAUCUACUGUUGCCUCCUGAAUCUACUGCCACAAUGGUGCCAAGCCGGUCUUCAUGUGGUGCAACACCAGUUGAGUUUCAACAAUCUGUGCCAAUCACAGAGCAAGCAUUUGGAGUAGUGCUGACUGAGCAUCUUGAGCCUGCACAAGCAUCUACUAUAGGGUUACAUCCAGCAUCUGAUGUGAUCCCAAAAUGUGACCCACUGGAUGCUCUUGGCCUUUCUCCAGACAUCUUGUCUCAAGAAGCCAUGUCUAUGCAAAUAUUAAGUGUUGACCCUCAACUACCAACACUAGAGUCUGGCUUAAUGACAGAACUUCCUGUUUCUAUGGCUAAUCUUCUGAACACUAGUGACUGCAAGCCAGAGUUGCAAGUUGACGAUGUUUUGGGUGGUGAUGACCCAAAUAAUGGCAGGGCUAAAGAGGAAACGAAACUGGAGGAGGAUAAGGAGGAAGUCCUCACAGAGGAAGAAGCAGAACCUGCUGCCACAGAGACGUCUGACCUGGACAAUAUUCCUGUUGAUGAUGAAGAACCUGUUGUUGAGGAGACAUCCAACACAGAAGUUCCUCCCGCUCCAGCUUCAGACGCCAUUAACCUCAAAGUUAGCCAGGAUAUUGAUGGACUGAUAACACAAGCGCUGCUCACUGGUGAUUAUGAAGCUGCUGUUAAUCUCUGUCUCCAUGACAACCGAAUGGCUGACGGCAUCAUCCUGGCCAUUGCUGGUGGUCCUGAGCUUCUGGAAAAGACUCAGAAGAAGUACUUCUCCAAAACUCAAAGCAAAAUCUCCAAGCUUAUUAGCGCAGUGGUGAUGAAGGACUGGUUGGACAUUUUGGAAACCUGUGACCUCCAGAACUGGAAGGAAGCUUUGGCUGCGGUCAUGACUUACGCCAAGCCAGAGGAGUUCUCUGCACUAUGUGGUCUGCUGGGCUCCAGGCUGGAGUCUUCAGAGGACGUGGAGCUGCAGGCUCAGGCUUGUCUCUGCUACAUCUGUGCGGGGACAGUCGAGCAGCUGGUCUCCUUCUGGACCAAAACUCAGGACUCCUGCAGCCCACUGUCCCUGCAGGAGCUGGUUGAGAAGGUGGUGGUGCUCCAGAGAGCUGUGGAGAAAGCUCAGGGUGCCCUUCCUGCUGAUAUGGGUGCACUGCUUGCAGAGAAGAUGAAUCAGUAUGCCAGUGUGCUGGCAUCACAGGGCAGCUUGCAGACAGCAAUAUCCUACUUGCCCACCAACACUGAACAGGUUUCUGUGCAGCACUUGCGAGAGCGUUUGAGCAGAGCUUUAGGACAUCAGCAUCCUCAACAGCCUGCAGCCGCAGUCACUGGCAUCCAGAAAAUGCAUCAGACGCGUCCAGCUGCUGUACCGAUGCAGACAUACACACAACCUCAACCUCCGCAGGUCCCCGCUCAGCCCGCUGCGCCUGCUGUACCUCCUCAGUAUUACCAGCAGGGUAGAUCCGCCAGUACUGUCACGUCCUGGAGUAACCAAACCCCAACAGUUCUGCCCAGUGUCCCUUGCCAGCUAGUGCCCUCUACUGACCCGCAGGUGGACUCCCCACCUCCAGCCUUUGGCCUGCAGUCUCCAGCGAUUGCAUCUGUUCCUGCUUCCACUCCAUUCAUGUACUCGCAGCAGUACCAAAACUAUCCUCCUGUCCAGCAGUUCACACCCUCUGCCGGGACGCCUGGCAUCUAUCAGCCUCUGCCGUACUCUUCCUCUGCCAGCUCUCCUCUUCCUCCUCCUUCAUCUUCCUCUGCUGCUGUUUAUCCUCCUCAGUUCAUGCUCUCAGCCUCUUCUCAGGCUUCUGCACCUCCUCAGUCCUUCUGUCCUCCUCCAGCCGUGUCUUCUGGAGGGUGUUUCCAGCAUGGUGGGCCCGGGUCGCCCACGUCUUACCCUCCUCCUCCAGGAGCCCGAGCUCCAGGUACUCAGAAUGAACCCGCACUGAUUCCAGCCUCCCAGAGAACAGAUGGAUUUUACCAAGAAACAGCCUGGGGUUUAGAAGGACCUCAGAAUGGCUGGAACGACCCGCCGGCCCUCAACAGAGCAGCCAAAAAGAAGAAGAUUCCACAACACUUCACUCCACCAGCACCUAUUACAGCACCCAUCAUGGCCCCUCUGGGGGACCCUCAGGCCCCUGCUGGUAUGCAGACCCUUCAGCCUCAACAACAGGCACCAGAUCAGCCCAUGGGUCCUGCAACCUUCACCCCCAUCCAGCAGCAGCCACUGGGACCCAGGAAUCCCAGCAUGCCUCAGGGGAACAUGGAAGGUGCGCCCGGAGCUCCAAUUGGCGAUGUCAUAAAGCCACUUCAGGCCAUACCUACUGAGAAGAUCACCAAGAAGCCCAUCCCAGAAGAGCACAUGGUCCUGAAGACCACUUUUGAGGGACUGAUCCAGAAAUGCUUGACCGCUGCUUCAGAUCCGCAAACCAAAAGGAAACUGGACGAUGCUCAUAAGAGGCUUGAGCUUCUCUAUGACAAGCUGAGAGAACAAACAUUGUCUCCAGCUAUUGUCGGCGGUCUUCACAACAUGGCCCACAGCAUCGAGUGCCGCUCGUAUGCCGACGGACUGAACAUCCACACACACAUCGUCAGCAGCAGCAACUUCAGCGAGACGUCCGCCUUUAUGCCGGUGCUGAAGGUCGUGCUAACACAGGCCAACAAACUGGGUGUUUGAUAGCAGCGUCCCGAAUGCCGCGCACGCUAACCAACAAGUAUUGUCAAAAUCCCUCAAGCCAUCAUUCCGCAAGGACCACUUGUGCAUAUAUAUAUUAUUUUGCCAGUCUGACCAGCAGAUUUGGUUUACAGAAAUGACUGGCGGUCGUUUAGUUUAUUCGUUGUCACAUGUAUUUUAAUGUUGUCAUUACAUAUUUGUAAUUAUGACAGAGCAGAGUGCAAUAGGGCUUUUAUGUGUCCCUCAUAUGUCUCGAGUUGGAGCGGAAAACGAGCUCGAUGGAAUUAAAUGUGUUUUAUGCUUUAAAAUGGCGAGCUGACUUUGUUUUUUUAUCGUCGAUUUUUAAGAUGUUUAUGAUUAUCACAGCUCCUUUGCAUUUCAAUUUAUUUUCAGGAAAUUUAAGUUGAUUUAUAUCAUGGCAUUAUUUCUGCUGAUAAAUCUGCCAACGUGGUCAAAUAUUUGCUAUUCGUUUAAUCAGGGUAUCUUCCGUUCAUUCCAUAUCCAUUUUCAAACUAAAAAUAAAGAAAAUUAAGAAAACUGAAGUUUUUCAGUUUUUCUUUUGGUCACAAAAAACAAAAACGCUUUUUCGCUUUUUGGUUUAGGGUGAGAAAACGGAUAAACGACUUUAAAAUUCAUUAUACACAUGUAGGCGGUGCUGAAAUGCCUUUUCCCUCUGAUUGGCAAAUCAAAUCUGAGCUUGUGACAUCGCCCUCAAAAUAAAAGUCCUCUGCAGAUCAGCACUCAGGCUUUUAAUUAUUAUAAUUAUAUAUAUGACCUAAGUUUACAUAUUUUAUCAUUUGAUCAGUUAUCAGGCUUGCAUUCAUUGCGUAUGCAUAAAUUAAAUAAAAACAUUAAUUAGCAGUAUUAUUACACAUUUGUCAUUAAAAUAGUUCAUAGUUCGCUGCCAAACUUCUUGCUGCUGUGCACCUGACGCUGAGCAAAGAUAGCUAUUUCAGAGCAGAUCCUGGUAUGCAUGAUUGUUUCCGAGCAAGACCUUUAUAAUAAUAAUAAUAAUAAUAAUACUAUAAUGAAGGGACUAAGUCGAAAAUAAAAUAAAUAAUAAUAAUAUGCCUAUAGUUUGCCGCCAAACUUUUUGCUGCUGUGCACCUGAUGCUGAGCAAAAAUAACAAUUUCCAAGCAGCACCUGGUUUGCAUAAUUGUUUCAGAGCUACUGUAGGCCUUAAUAAUAAUAGGCUAAUUAUAAUAAUAAUAAUAAUUAAUAUUGUUUACUUAAUGUUUUUUGUUGUUUAGUUUUUUAAUAGUUGUUAGCAGGACUAGAAUAAGAAUGCAAUGGGCCCUGGGGCUAUAACAAAGGGUACCAUUGGAUUUAUUUCCUCCUAUUAUAUAUAUAUAUAUAUAGGACUAUUAUUUUGAGGGCGACGUCAUGAGAUUGAUUGGCCAAUCAGAGGAAAAAGGGCAUUUUAGCACCGCCUACAUGUGUAUAAUGAAUUUUAAAGUCGUUUAUCUGUUUUCCUUUUCUAAACCAAAAAAACAAAAAAAUCGAGCCAAAAUCUUGUUUUUUUUUCGUUUAUUGUGAGCAAAAGAAAAAACAAAAAGGUCCGUUUUCUUCGUUUUCCUUUUUUUUUUUUUUUUUUUUUUGAAAACGGAUAUGAAAUAGACGUCAGAUACCCUGAUUUCGUUUUUAUUUAAACUGUUGAUUUGAUUCUAUAUUUGACACAGAAAUAUUUGAGACUUGGAGUUAAAUCUGAAGCGAUUUAUGUCACGAUCGUGCUGCCUGUCUUUAUCGUAUGCCAUCUUGAUGGAGAUCCGAUGUGUCGAACACAAAAAAAAAGGUCUGGCUACAGUAAAGGGAAUAUGUUAUUUUUAUAAUCAUGUUUUCUUUUCUUUUUUUUAAAUCUGUCUCAUCCAUUGGUCGUUCUGUCAGCCUCUGUUGAGGAAAUUUACAUAUGGCUGCGCAAAUGUUUGGACGUUUGCUGUAAAACUGUGGGGGUUUUAAUGCAGUGGAUGUACUGUCUCAAUAAUUGAGGUUGUACUGUAAAUCUGAUGACUGUUUUGCAGUUUUAUUAAAAACUAAUUGAGUCA